AGGCGGAGAUGAGACGCUCGAACACAACGGAGCCGUGGAGGCCGACAUUCACCCAGUGCGCAUGCGCUAUCCAGUUUUCGGGGAUGGGUCUAUCGAUGGAAUCAAGAUGGCGACUCUGGCAAAAGCGCCAAUAUAUUUACUGAAGUAGAUGUCCAAAAUUGCCCGCGGUAGCGGCUUUUCUCAAGCCCCUCGUGGGGUCCGCGAAGCAUGACGACCGGGGGCAUGUUUUGGAAGAGGAAUUGACCGGGUUUGAUACCGCAACGAAGUCGGCGAGAUGUGCGAGAGCUAUGCCCGCUCGCUGCUGCGUGUGUCGGUGGCGCAGAUCUGCCAGGCUCUGGGCUGGGAUGCCGUUCAGCUCACUGCGUGCGAUCUGCUGUCCGACGUGUUGCAUCGGUAUAUCCAGCAGUUGGCCAAGGUCUGCCAUCGGUACACCGAGCUCUAUGGAAGGACGGAUCCGGUCCUGGACGAUGUCAGCCAGGCCUUCAGGCUGCUGGGCGUGAGUCUCAGUGAACUGGAGGACUAUGUCCACAACCUGGAGCCCGUGCCCUUCGCCCAGCAAACACCACUCUUUCCUGUCAGCAAAAACAAUGUCCUGCAGUUCCCUCAGCCCGGAGCCCGAGAUGCAGAGGAAAGGAAGGACUACAUUCCAGAGCACUUGCCUCCUCUGGUCUCCUUACAAGAAGAAGAGGAGGAGGAGGAGGUCCUCACUGACAUGGGCACCUCAGCUGAAGCUAUGCAGGUGCCACUGGAAGAAGACGAAGAGGAAAUCGACGAUGAUGAGACCGUCAAUGAUGAGAACUACCCACUGAAGAGGCACCUGGACAGCCCAGAUGCAGGUGUUGGCAUGAUGCCUACUUCCAAGAGACCACGCAUGUACCCUGGCCUCAGCCCAGAAUGGGGGGUUGAGCCCCGGGAGCCCCUUACGUCUCUCAACCCGCAACGUGUUCCCCCGGGCAUGCUGCCUUCUCAUGAUAGCCUUGACCCCCUUUCACCUGAAACACCUCCUGGAGCCCUGCCUCCCUUCAGACCUCAGCCGGCAGUACCAAAACACUCUGAUCAAAAGGGCCUAACCACUCCAGGAAGAAAGCCUAAGGUGUCUUCCCCUGGCAGACAACGGACUAAGUCCCCUAAAGGGGGGAUUCCUGUUGCGGUGGGUGGCAGUCCUAUCCACUCUCCAAAAUCGUCUAAGGAAAGGAAGAAAUCCCCAGCCAGGACGAAAAGUCCUAAAAGCCCCAAGAGCCCAAAGAUGGGUUCGGUCAAAGCAUCUCAACCUCCGAGCAAAACGGAUGUUGUGCAUAAGCUGCCGCUGUCUGCGCUGAGUGAGAGGAUGGGCAAAGAGAACAUCCAUAUGCGUCAGAAUAUAGAGGAUAGGGAGUUUGACGAGGGCCCAUUUAAGAAACUAGAGCCCGACGAUACAGCUAUCGAUGACUCCAUCGAUGCUGUGAUUGCCAGAGCGUGUGCCGAGCGGGAGCCUGAUCCUUUUGCCUUCUCGUCCGGCUCUGAUUCAGAUAGCAAUGGAUUCUCCAGUCCCAGGAGACUGACCAUUAUGGAGCCAUCUACACCUAAAGUCCCGAUUGGGAUCAGCAUUUCCGUAAAAGACACAUCUACGCCACUUCACCUACAGGCCCACGCAGGCCUAGGAAACUGGACUAUGGAUGAUUCAAUCAAUGAGGUGAUCCGAAAGGUUAACCAGGGGGGUCCGUCUGCAGCCCCGCCAAACCAAGAAGUGUACGUUUCAUCAGGAUCCGCCUCGCCACCUACUCCUGAACCUCUGCUCAAGCUGUUUGAGGAGAAGAACAAGAUUGUGCCACCAGUAGACAUCAAGAAAAAGCUGAAGAAGGAGCUGAAAACUAAAAUGAAGAAGAAGGAGAAAGACAAGCCGAAAGACAAAGCCCGGGAAAAGGAUAAGGGCAAGGUAAAAGAGAAGAAUAAGGAGAAGAACAGGGAUAAAAACAAGGAGUUUUCCAAGGAUGCCAAGAUGCCCUGGAAGGAAUUUGGAUUGAAGGACGAUGAGCUCUUUGUUCAGCGUGACUUUACCCUGCCUGAGGGUUCCAUCAAGUUCAAGUCCAGAGAUGGAGAUGUUCCUAAGAAGGAGAAGGAAAAACACAAAGAAAAAAAGAAGGACAAAGACAAGCGCGAGAAGGGCAAAGACAAGCGCGAGAAGGGCAAAGACAGGCAGAAACAAUCUGCCUUGGCCUCUUUUUCUCUGGGCGAAGUCCCAGCACUGUUCAGCCCCUCUGCCUGCCUGCGUAUCCCCACCAUGCUUCCUCCUCUGGCCCCCAUGCUCCAGGACAAAGACACAAAGAGCAAAGAGAAGGAAAAGAAGAAAGACAAGAAGGAGAAGAAGAAAAAGAAAGAUAAAGAGAAGGAGCGAGAGAAGGCCAAAGAAAAGGAGAAGGAAAAAGAAGAGAAGAGGAAAGAAAAGGAGAAACGAGAAAAGGAGAAGGAAAAAGAGAGGAUUCGAUUGGAGAAGGUGAAAGUAGAAACUCCAGUUGCUUUACCAUCUCCAGUCAUCCCCAGACUGACGCUCAGGGUCGGAGCAGGCCAGGACAAAAUAGUUAUAAGCAAGGUAGUUCCAAACUCGGAGCCCAAGCCGCCAGCGCCCAAGACCCCCGUUGCCAAGUCUGGACCUGGGAAUCGCCCUCGAACGCCUCCUCCGCCCCCGAUACUUUCCCCGAUCAUACCCACUCUGCCACCGCCCGUGCCUCCACUUCCUCUAGCUCCAGCCCCUUCGUCUUUGCUCUCCAUGGCCCCCAUGCUCUCUCCCGCCGCUUCCCACAAAACGCCGGUCCGCAGCGUAGUGACUGAGACUGUCAGUACCUACGUGAUUCGAGAUGAAUGGGGAAACCAGAUCUGGAUUUGUCCUGGAUGCAACAAACCUGAUGACGGCAGUCCCAUGAUAGGAUGUGAUGAUUGUGACGACUGGUAUCAUUGGCCCUGUGUUGGAAUGCUUACAGCGCCCCCCGAGGACCAGCAGUGGUUCUGUGUCAAAUGUGCCAGCAAGAAGAAGGACAAAAAACACAAGAAACGGAAACACAAACUGCAUUGAGACUAUGCAAAAAGCACAUAUCUCUGACUGUUUUUGGACUGAAAGCCAUCACUGAACACUUGUGGCACUGCUGUAAAAUAAAAAGAAAAAGAAAAGAAGAAAGUUUAAGAAUUUUGGCUGAUACUCUCCUCUGAGUUUUUUUAAUGACGUCAGCCGUGAUGCAUUGUGAUUUUGGUAAGGAGAAGAGAAAAAAACAGGCUCUAACCAACACAUAAUCCAGCCUUAGUUCUCAUAUGGGCUCUGUGGUUUCCCCCUAUACACCUGUGAGUUGUUUGCUUGUUUUGGGUGUCCACUCGAAGGAGUUGUGUUUGUAUCAGGACACCAUGACAAUUUGUAUAAGAUGAAGACUCCGCAAAGCAGAACAAGAGGACAGUGAACAUCCUUUGUCUUAACUUCUGUUUCCUUCAUGUUGCCACAGACGGCGUGACUUCCGAAUCAAACCUCUCCCCAGUUUUCUGCAGUAUCAUUGAAAUGUCAUGUAUAUAAUGAUGAUGGCAUCAGGCAUGUAUAAAAAUGUAAAUACCAACUUCCCAGCCAAGUGCAUUUUGUUCUUAGGAUUAUGACCUGUUGAAUCCAUUUUCAGAUAUUGGUUUUUAACUCAAAUAAUUUUCUGUACAUUUUUUUAAAUUUAAAGUUUGUAUUUUUAUUUUUUCUGCAUAUGGAUUUGUCCCCGAGUUAUGCUGUAGCCGUGCUUGUAAUGUAAUUAAUUUCGCUGAUACUUCACUAUUAAAGAUGAACAGUCUGUGUACUCGCAGACUUUAAGACGUAAA